AUGAUUGACAACCUUCUCUCCGACCUGAUUGUUCAAGCCCAAGAGGCGCCAGCGACCGUCCUGGCAUACUUUGCUGUGGCUUCAGCCGUACUAUAUCUCAUCUUCACCGAGAUACAGAGAGUGCGAGUUCGUAUCCCAGGCUUCAGUGGUCCAUCAGGAUUGCCUAUGAUUGGCAACAUCCACCAAAUCAGGAACAAUGCGGCAGAACAGUACCGCUUAUGGUCCAAGAAAUUCGGGCCUGUGUAUCAGAUCAUGCUGGGCAACGUCCCCGUCAUCGUGGUGAACAGCGCCAAAUCUGCUCGAGAGAUUUUCGGGGCGAACUCACAGGCGCUCGCUUCGAGACCGGAAUUCUACACCUUCCAUAAAGUCGUCAGCUCCACAGCCGGGACGACGAUAGGGACUUCUCCUUUCAGCGAAAGCUUGAAACGUCGAAGAAAGGGCGCCGCGAGCGCAUUGAACAAGCCCAGCGUGGCGACAUACAUCCCACACAUCGAUGUCGAAACACGAGACUUCUUGAACGAAUUCCUGCUAUACGGUGAAGGAGGCCGAAAGGGCGUGGACCCGAUGCCGAUGAUUCAACGUCUGUCCCUAUCCCUCGCUUUAACUCUGAACUGGGGCACGCGGAUGGCCUCACAAAACGACGAGCUUUUCGGCGAGAUUACGCAUGUCGAGGAGGAGGUGUCUAAGUUCCGAUCCACGACGGGCAAUCUGCAAGACUACAUCCCCAUCCUGCGGCUCAACCCCUUCAGUGUCGGCAGCGCAAAGGCACGCGACAUGCGACGCCGUCGAGAUAUGUACCUGAAGCGACUGAACGAAGACCUGGACCGACGCAUGGCCGAGGGCACACACCAGCCAUGCAUCCAAGCCAACGUUAUCCUGGACAAAGAAGCCAAACUCAACUCCGAAGAACUCACAUCGAUCUCGCUGACCAUGCUGUCCGGUGGCCUGGACACGCUCACCACACUAGUCGCAUGGUCAAUGGCCUUGCUGGCACAACACCCGGAGAUCCAAGAGAAGGCACUGAAAGAGAUCCGAGCCAAGUAUCCUCCGGACCAAAUCCUGUGCGAUGCCGACGAUGACCAGUCCAUUCCAUACAUUGUCGCACUCGUCCGGGAACUGCUGCGAUACUACACAGUGCUGCGUCUGUCACUACCGCGCGCCACGGUCAGAGAUGUCGUGUAUGACGGACACAAAAUCCCGUCGGGCAGCGUCGUCUUCUUGAAUGCGUGGGCGUGCAACAUGGACCCGGAGGUCUGGAGCGACCCAGAAGUCUUCCGACCUGAACGAUGGCUCGAAACGCCCGACGCGCCUCUGUUCACGUACGGUCUGGGCUACCGCAUGUGCGCGGGCAGUUUGUUGGCGAAUCGGGAAUUGUACGUCAUCUAUCUGCGGCUGUUGUCCGCGUUUGAGAUGCGUGAUGUCGAGGCCGAAGAUGGUGGACCUAUGAGCACGCAUCCUGUCAGAGGCGUCGAGGAUCCUAGCCAGCUCGUCAGUGUGCCCAAGCGGUAUAGAGUCAGGAUGGUUCCCAGGGAUGAAGAGUGUCUGAGGAAGGCAUUGGGCGAAUAUAUCGAUGAGAAGCAUUGA